CCUUUCCCGUCUGCUCUGCUCUCUCUCAUUCAGAUGGGAGCGACAAAAACACAGACGCCUACCUAUCGCUGCCUCCACUCACUUUCUAUCACAGCUACUCAAGAUGGCGGCAGCUUCCUCCAUCCAGCCGCCGAACGUUCGCUCUCUGAACCAGGAAAAUGCACCUUUCCGGGAUUCUGACAGCCCGGAGAGCGGGCAGGAUGAGGUCGCAUCAUCCGAGGGGACCAGUCUCCGAGACUUACCCGAUUUGGAACCGGAGGAAAUUGAGAAGAGGCUGGAGAAAACUCGCCGCGAGCUGAGCAACAGGAGGAAAAUCCUAAUUAAAAACCUGCCACAAGAUACAACCAACCAGGAGGUCCAUGACAUUCUGAGAGAAUACGAGCUCAAGUAUUGCUUUGUGGACCGCAACAAAGGGACAGCGUUUGUGACCCUGCUGAACGGUGACCAGGCUCAGGAUGCCAUCCGCUCCCUCCACCAGAGCAUGGUGCGCAGCCGGGACAUCACGGUGCAGCUCCAGCCCACAGACAGUCUGCUCUGCCUCACCAACCUGCCCCACACCUUUACCGCCCAGCAGCUGGAGGACCUAGUCCGCUCCUACGGAAACAUUGAGCGCUGCUUCCUGGUCUACAGCGAGCUCACCGGACACUCCAAGGGCUACGGCUUCGUGGAGUACAUGAAGAAGGACUCAGCGUCGCGGGCGCGGUCGGAGCUGCUGGGGCGACCGCAGGGGGACCGUGCGGUCAUGGUCCAAUGGACAGACGUGAACCAGUUGACUGCGGGUCACCACCUCCACUCUAAGUGCCUCUGUGUGGACCGGCUGCCCCAGGAGUACGACUCAGAAGAGCUGACCCUGCUGUUCUCAGACAGAUACAAGCCUGUCUUCUGCCAGCUGGCCCAGGAUGAGGGCAGCCCGGUGCGAGGGUUCGGGGUGGUGGAGUAUGAGAGUGCAGAGCAGGCGGAGGCCAUACUGAUAGAGAUGGACAGAACACUGGUGGGAGGCCAGGAGAUCCGUCUCUCCCUCUGCAACCCCGGAACCUCAGGCAGGAGCACACUGGCUGCGCUCAUCGCUGCUCAGGGCGUGAUGUUGAGUAAUAAGAAGGGCUUACUGCCGGCACCCAACCUGGCCCAGCUGCUGAACAGCAUGACCAACCCAGCAGCCCUACAGGUCCUUAUGAGGCCCUACCACACUGGGAAACGAGGAGGGAAGUUUGGGCGGGCCCCCAGCAUGUCUCCAUUCCUCAGACCCCCCCUCACAGCAGCCCUGUUCCAACUGGGGAAGGUACAGCCGAGUUCCAUGUUGGGGAACGGGCUGGUGCUUCAGAAUCUCCUGCACAUGCAGCUGGCCCAGCAGCAGCUCCUGCACAUCAAAGACAAGCACAUGAGCAAUGUAUCUAGUCUGUUGGGUGACCCCUCUCGUCUACUCCUACAGAAAGUCCUGGGUCUCAGACCUCCAGCCCCCAUGGCCCUGGGCAAGGGUCUGCUGGGUGACUCCCCCAUUGAGUUUGGUCAGGAGUCCCUGCCAACGUCCAGUCAGGCCUCAGUGUCGGCAGCAGGCAUGAUGCCCUACCUGCAGGCGCGGGCACACCUGGGCACAGCCGGGGGAGGGGAACAGAACGGUGUCUGUAUCUACACCACAGCCUCUGACAGGCAACCUGGGACCACGGUGAAUGCUCAGCCCCAGGGACAAAGCUAUUUGCUGGGCCCCCCACCACCCAACGUUGGAGGGGGCCAACAGCCCGGCCUACACAGCUACAGCAGCACUGAGAGCAGCCCAGCUAGUGGAGCUCCCAGCAGUCAGUCCUCUCUCCUGGGUGAACCCCCUAAAGAGAUGAAGCUACCCUCCAAUCCAUACCUGAAUCUAGCUAGUGUGCUACCUGGCAUGGUGCUGCAAGCCCCGGCGGCCUGUAAAGCCCAGGCAGGGCAGCCUCUAGUUGGGGUGUACAGCAGUGCUAUGCCCCCUGUCUCCCAACCAUCCACCUCCCAUACCCCAGCCCCCUACAGCACCGAUACCUCUGCAGACUACAGCCACUACAGCCAGGCAUACUCACAGGAGGCUAUGCAGCAGUGGUACCAGCACUACCAAGCACAAGCCCAGAGCUACAGCACCGCCCCCCAGGAGAGCCACGCUACGGACUAUAGCAAGGAGCACACACAGGCCAGUGAACAGGCUGUGGCAGCAGCGGCGGUGCCGUCCUAUGGGGAUUACAGCUCCUACAUGCAGGCUGUCAGUCAGUACUAUUCUCAGCCUCCCAUGACCCAGCCACCUCCCCAAGCCUACCAGCACAGAGACCCCACCAAGGAGGCUGAUGUGUGUAAGUCGCUGGGUGUGUCUCUCCAUGCAGUCAGUAAUGGUGGUGCCCAGUCAGUGCUGCCCGCCGCGGUCCUGCCAGCCUACAGCGCCAUCCCUAUGAUGCCAGGCUUCAUGGCCGCGCAAUCUCACGCCACACACACACACCCACCCAGCUCCACCUCACACAUCCAGAGUGCCCAUGCCCAAGCCACCAACGAAUGGAACCAGUACUACUACAAUCAGGCGGCUCGGGGGCAGAAGCGGGAGUACCCUCACUUGGCGGUGCAUGAUAUGACAUCAGAGGGGGCGUACGUGGGGCAGCACUCCCAGGGGCUGGGGGGUCAGUACGCUGACUACUUCAAGAAGAAGAGAAUCUAGAGAUGACCUCUGACCCCCUGCACCCUAACUCCUAAACCAUACAGUACAAACAGUCUCAGCUUUAGUGUUGUAUGGCGUUGGUACACAAACACACACACCACUAUGUUGCUUUUGUCCUGUUCAAGCCUUAACUCUGAACUCUUAACUCUCUUCUCAGUUGAUGUGAAAUGUUUAUUGACUAAUAAUCUCUGUACAUUGUUUCUAAUGUAUGUGAGCUGCUUCUGUAUUUCAGGGUCAUUCAGUCAGUCUGCCAGUCAGUCAGUCUGCCUUGUUGAAGGCCAGUCAGUGUGUAAUCAGGUUUCUCUCUCUCCCUGUUUCUAUCGCUCUGUUUCUAGCUCUCUGUGCACUUUUCUUCAAACGGGGGAAACUGGCCAGUGUUGCAGACAGAGAUGAUUUGAUGACUCACUGUAACUGACGUGUUUUUCUCUUCCUCAGUGUCUUUCCCAUUUUAUGACCGCCUAAGCUCGCCUUUUAUCUCUGUCUUUGCGGAGACCUUGAUGUGUUGUGUACGUGUUGUGCAGUGCUGUAAGUGUAGGAGUGAUCAGCCAUUCCCAGGGUAGAAGAAAGCUGGGCUACCCUGGAAACUCAGAGACACAGGGAGAGGGAUGUCUAAUCACUGCUUUUAACCUUGAACAAAGGACACGUAUAGGCCCCCAUUGGCCUGGUAUACUAGCAAAUGAAUAGACACCUAACUUGGUACCUUAUAGCUAUUACAAUAGUCACUGAGUGGACACUUAUUUGGGUCCAUAUAGCCAUGUAUUAUAACUAGCUAGUGGAUGGACAUUUCCUAGACCGUGGCCUUCUUCUUAUGGCGCUGUGUGUGAUAGGUACAGGAUGGAAACCUUCCACUGUUUAUAAUGGCUGUCGUUUUCUGUAGGGGCCAUUGAACAAUGGCUCAGUCGCAGAAUUGCAAUAAGGAACAGAAGAGGUUCCCAGGCUUCGCUCUUCUUUUUAAAUGACUUUUCUGGACGGGAAGGGCUGUGGCGACACAAACAAACCAAUCAACUCUUUAAUACUGCUUCAUAAGCUGCCAAUAGAAAUUAAACAGGAAACAGAAAGAUUCAGGAGAGUAGCCAUGUUGAAUUAUCUCAGAGAUUGGAGUCAAUUCCAUUUGGAUUCAGUCAAUUCAGAAAGUAAAAAGACAGAAGCAUAUGUAUAAAAAUAAUCGCCAAUUUUCAUCAAGCCAUGAAUCGAAUUUCAAUGAAUCCCCUUGGGAUUAACGUGGUACAGCAGUGGUAAGCAACACUGUUCCUGGAGUGCUAAAGGUACUGUAGGAUUUUGUUUCAACUAGGCACCACAUCUGACCAACUGAGUUAAUUAAUCAGUUCAGUGAUUGCCUAAAUUCAACACACCUGGACCGGGGUUGCCUACCCUGCGGCACUCCAGGACCGGGGUUGCCUACCUCUGUGGUACAGUGAAAGUGAAAAGGCAGUGAAAACCAACCCUUGGGGUCUGACAGAGGGAGGUACGAAGGCCCCAGGAGAGGGCAUGGGAUGAGGGCUUUAGCACCACGUUAAGUGCUGGCACAGGACUUCAGCCUUAGACCCAGGCAAUAACAACAACUACUGUACCAACAAAUAUCACAAUGCCAACAUGAGGGCAUACAAGGGCAUUACCUUUCUAUGUGUACUGUGCUACAAUCAAUCAAUCUGUCAGUUUCUUUCUCUCUUUUCACCUUUCUUUCUCUCAUUUUCUCUAUCUGAUCCCUACUCUCUCUAAUCUGUCUGAUUUCAUCCUCCACUCUUGAGUUGAAGAAUCUGCGUUGUCCUGUGUCACGUGACUUGAUUUGAAGCACAGAUGUUUUUAGUGGUGUCAUAUAUCAUGCUCUUAGCGGGCAAAGCUGUAACAUAUUGAAACCCCUCUCAGCACUGUGUUACACUGGCUUAGAGCCAGACUUUUACUUUUACUGUGUGUGUGCAAGUGUGUGUGUGUGUGUGUGUGUUGGACUUGGCCUUUCCAGCCAGCUGAUUGCUAGCUUCUACCACGUCUUUAAAAGGCAAUGCUUAGAAGUGUGUGUAGCUUCUUUAUUUAUUUGUGUGUGUGUGUGUGCGUGCGUGCGUGUGUGUGUGUGUGACCAUAGGAGUCUGUCUCUCUGUCUCAGUCAGUGUCUGUAAAAGGCAGACCCAGGCAGGUUAUAAUGUCUGUCUGUAGUCAGGUGCUUUAAGCCAGUCUGUGUUGUUUUAAUGGUUCUCCGGUGAUUGUAUUAGCCUUUUCUCUCUAAAGCCAUUACCGGAUGUGUCACAGUGCUACGCAGAGCUGUGCCUGUGUGUUCUUUGCCUAUAGCAGGUCCAUAGGUUGUUAUAGUUAUUCAGUGUAGUCUGUGCUUUGUGUGAGUGUGUGUGUGUGAAUGAGUGUAUGUGUGCGUUAAUAACCUGCUUUUGGCAGGUAUGAGGGGAACAGACAGCAGAGAGAGAGAGAGAGAAAGAGAGGAGCGGGAGAGAGAAAGAAAGAGAGGAGAGCGAGCGAGAGAGAGAAAGAGAGGGAGAGAGAAGAACAGCUCCAGCUGCUAGCUCAGCCUGUGUUUAUUUGCACUGUCGUUCCAUUUUGAUUCCUCUCUUUUUCUCUGGUCUGUCUCUGGCUGCUGUGUGUGUGUGUGAGCGUUCAGUUGAGGGCUCCUACGGUAUGCUCCAGGUCUGUUACCAUAUAGUAAGGAUGAUAGUCACAGCACAGAUACCUCUUUACCUCUGCAGGACAUCUCUCUGUCUUCGUCUCCUCUUAGAAGUGUUCCCUAUAGUCUUGCAUGUACACUGAGUAUACCAAACAUUAGGAACACCUUCCUAAUAUUGAGUUGCACUCCCCUUUUGCCCUCAGA